AUGGAGACCAUUACCCAAGCUCGUCCAUCAUUGACGAACAACGACGCCGCAGUCCUCCAAGCUCUCUUCGACGCAGAGUCCUCACCCUCAUCCGGGGUCAAAGUCGACCCAACCCUCCCAUCCUGGCCCGCAGCAGUAAACAUCUCCCAAACAGACCUCACAACCCUCAAAACCCGGGAAACCCAAAUCAUCCUCAACCUCCAAGCCACCUCAACACCAACAGAAGAAACCGUACAAACAGCACUCAAAGAACUCAACACUCUCCUGGAAGAAUACCCAACCUACCCACCCGCCUACACAAACCGCGCCCAAACACUCCGUCUCCUCGCCGACCUCGAAUACAACAAUCACACCACACACAGCGCCAAGACCGAGUCCGAGCCCGAGUCCAUCACGGACGAAUCCCUCUUCACCCCCGAAGCCAGCGACCUAUCAUCAAAAAUCUUCGCAGACCUAGGAAAGGCGAUUACACUCGCCACCCCGGUCUCACCCGCGGAUCCAAUUUCAUCGGUGCAGGCGCGAUUGUUGGCUGAUGCGCAUACGCAUCGCGGGUAUUUGUUGUUGAAGGCUGCGAGGGUGAAGAAGACCCGGCCCGGGGUGGAGGUGGACAGUGUAGGACCGGAGCGGCUGCGUGGUCAUAGUGCGGAUCAGUUGGAGGAGAUGGCGAGUCGGGAUUUCUUCCUGGGUGGUCGGUAUGGGAAUAAAGUUGCGCAGCAGAUGGCGGUGCAGACGAAUCCUUACGCGAAGAUGUGUGGGGCUAUUGUGAAGGAGGCAAUGAGGAAGGAGAUGGAGGGUUGA